AUGUUUGCUAGAAUCGUCUCUAGGAGGUUGAUGUCCUCCACGGCGGCACGUCUGAAUAGCGUGCCUAAGGUCGCCGCCAAGCCCAAGAGCUCUUUUUUCAGGACCAUGGGUAAGUGGUCUCUGCGUGCCACUCUAUACGGUGCCCUGGCGGGCACCGGCUACAUCAGUUACUCUCUGUACCGGGAGUCUAACCCUUCGAAGCAGAAGCCGCAGUCGGACACAUUCCCCAAUGGUUCUAAGCGGAAGACGCUGGUCAUCCUGGGCUCUGGCUGGGGCUCUAUCUCUUUGCUGAAGAACCUGGACACCAACAUCUACAAUGUGAUCGUGGUGUCGCCCAGAAACUACUUCCUGUUCACGCCAUUGCUGCCAUCCACCCCAGUGGGCCGUGUCGAGCUGAAGUCCAUCAUCGAGCCCGUCAGGUACAUCGCCAGGAGGACUACCGGCGAAGUGCUGUACUAUGAGGCCGAGGCCACGGACAUCGACCCGCACGCCAAGACCGUGAAGAUCAAGUCCAACUCCCAGAACAACGACUACGAGCUCGACAUCAACUACGACUACCUGGUCGUCGGUGUCGGCGCCCAGCCUACGACAUUCGGCAUCCCAGGUGUCUACGAGAACUCCUCCUUCCUGAAGGAAAUCUCCGACGCACAGGAGAUCAGAAUCAAGAUCAUGCGUAACAUCGAGAAGGCCGCCUCCUUGGCGCCAAACGACACCGAGCGUGAGAGAUUGCUGAGCUUCGUGGUGGUCGGUGGUGGCCCAACCGGUGUCGAGUUCGCCGCCGAGUUGAGAGACUACGUCGACCAGGACCUGAGAAAGUGGAUGCCCGAGCUAAGCAAAGAGAUCAAGAUUACCCUGGUUGAAGCAUUGCCUAACAUCCUGAACAUGUUCGACAAGAAACUGGUUACCUACGCACAAGACUUGUUCAGACAAGAGAAGAUCGACCUAAGACUGAAGACUAUGGUGAAAAAAGUGGACUCCACUAAGAUCACCGCCAAAUGUGAAGAUAAAACCGAAUCAAUCCCAUACGGUGUCCUGGUGUGGGCCACCGGUAACGCACCAAGAGACGUGUGUAAAGGCCUGAUGCAAAAGAUACCAGAAACUCAGAACUCAAGACGUGGUUUACUGAUCAACUCCAAGAUGCAACUCUUGGGUGCUGAGGAUUCAAUUUAUGCAAUUGGUGAUUGUACUUUCUACCCAGGCCUGUUCCCAACUGCCCAAGUGGCCCACCAAGAAGGUGAAUACUUGGCCAGAGUCUUCAAAAAGUUACACAAAGUGGAUCAAUUUGAAUAUAUGGCUAGUAAGAACAACCAAACAAAGGAAAACAUCAAGGACUUGACUUCUAAGAUCAACAACUUGAAAGCACAAAUCGAAGAUUUCCAAUAUAAUCACCAUGGUGCUUUGGCCUACAUUGGCUCUGAACAAGCUAUCGCUGACUUGGCUGUAGGUGAGGCCAAAUACAGAUUGGCAGGUUCAUUCACUUUCUUGUUCUGGAAGUACGCUUACUUAGCAAUGUGUAUGUCAUUCAAGAAUAGAAUUUUGGUGGCCAUGGAUUGGACCAAAGCUUACUUCUUGGGAAGAGAUACUUCCGCUUGA